AUGCAACAGAAACCACCGCCACCCAGUUAUUCUAACGGGUUCUGGUGCGACAGUAACGGGGCCGACUGCUGUCACGAUGCUGUCAGGCUAGACAUGGGACAGAUGUUAAAUGUGACUGUCACAUCAUUAUCAGGAUCAACAUCCGACUCUUUCCCAUCCGCCACUGUAUCCGAUACCCCGGAAUCUACAGAAUCUGCCACAUGUACUCCAGAGAUAAACUCAUCCAACCCCAAAAAGACCACAGCUGUCGCAGCUGGUUUAGGGGCAGGACUGGGCACAUGCCUGCUAAUCACGGUGAUUACAAUUCUCAUGCAACGACGAAUUUACACGAAGAACAUGCGGGAAAAGGGAGUGAUAAUCAGCUCUCAGAACUCGGCAGGUGUACCGCAAUAUGAAGCUUGUCCAAUUGAGUCUGAGAUAAGGGCAAUGCCUGUCCCCAUGGACUUGGCGGCGGAGGAACCAAGGGUCUAUGAGGCCGCAGGGGAUCGUUAA